AGGACUAAUUGAUCGAUAUAGAAUGAUUGUCGUUUUAACUGAGAACGAUACAUAAACUUGAAAUUUUUAUUUGGCGACUAAUUGUUUUAGCAAUUCAUUUGGGGAAUUCAUCUUCUCACUCAGGAUGGGUGGCUUACUACUACUGACAGCUGUUUUAUGUUUGGCUAACACUGUUCCUGGCCAAACACCUGAUGGCUUCAAAGGACAGGAACUGGACCCAACAAAAAACCCAACCGUGGAGACUCCAAGCAUUCAGAAAGAACAGCAGCAAGAGGCUUCUGUCUCCAGUGAUGGAACACUAACUAUAGGGAAUUUUCAGGUUGUGUUUGACUACGCUUUGAAGGAGAUAAUGUCCACAUAUAACAUCACAGUUGAGGAAGUCCAACAAAUGCUUGAAAACUAUUCACAAGGGGGAAUUGCAGCCAUCAUGAAAACAAUAACGGAUCCAGAGACUGGAAAAGAGGAGGUCAUUUCUAUUGAUUUUACCGAUGCCAUCCUUAACAAACAGAAGGAAGAACAUGUGAACGCUCAAAAAGAAAUUGACGGAACAAUGUCGACACAACAAAAUGGUGUUAACCCUAUGGAACUUAACACAGGAGCAGCAGAUCCGAUUUUAAAUUUGAAUAGAGAAGCGGGAAAUAAUGAGAUAUCUGCUCAACCUUCUGGUACAGCGCCCCCUAUGAUUCCCCGCCCAUUCGACUCCAAUCAGCCAUCAUAUGAUCAAUUGAGACAAGAACUUUCCAGAAUGCAGGCCAGAGAAGUUUACCUGCUCAGACAGCUUAGAAUCCUCUCCGCUAGGUAUUUACAAAUGCUAAGAAGACGGGGGACCACUGUUCCGGGAAAUGCGCAAAACAUACGAAUUCCGUUCCUCACACCCAUCAACUUCCGGCGUUCGUCACCACGAACCUUAUCUGGGAUUGUAACAGGCGGAAACGUGAGAAGGGGUCCUCAAGUUCGUGUGAUCUAAUCAACUGAUUUUUUCCAAGAAACACUAAAAAUGGUUUCCAUUCGUAUCGUUCCUCUGUACAUCUUUCAUUAAAAUUAUAAUUUUGAAAAUAAAGUAGCUAGAACGUGAUAAA